AUGUCUGUGUCUAAUAAUAACACUGGUAUCCCAGAUUCGGUGGUUAAAUGGUUAUUCCAAGUUUCUAACCAAAUCUAUUCAAAUAACUCUAGACAGAUAUUUAACGAUUCUUUACUUAUUUUAUCUCAUUUCAAAAAUUUAAGACCAAGAACCAGAGUUUUCACAGAUUACCAAGGUAAGUCAAAUCUGUUACUAUGUAUAUACGGUGAUUUUACGAACACUGUCACCAAUUUACAAGUCCCCUUUCUCAUAUGGGUACCAGUAAAUUAUCCAAGUGAGCAUCCAAUUGUAAAUAUUAACAUGGAAACCCUGGGUACCCAAUUGAAAAUAAAUCUAGGUCCUCAUGUCGAUUCUAAUGGGACCAUCUACUUGCCGUGUUUCGAAAAGCCUCAAUGUACUUUACAUGACUGUUUAAUGGGUCUGCUAAAUAUAUUAGAUCAUGAAAGUUUAUUCAUAGCAGAGAGAGCACCUCCAAUACUACCACCAAAACCUCAUGAUAUAUCGCACCAAUUGCAAAAGCUAAAAUUGGAUGCUACACCCCCACCUCUGCCAGAAUUACCACCUGGUCAUACUCGUCGUAAUGAGGUCCUUUCGCCACCCCCUAUACCAGAACGAUUACCUUCAAAUACACCGUCAAAGAUACCUACAAGACCCACCGUCACGAAUAGUCCAAAAGUAGAAUUGGCAAGAGUUGCCAAAGUUAACAAGAAAGAACAUUCAGAGGUUCCUGAUUUCAUGGACCAAGAACAAAGAACAAAUUCGCAUGAUGCCAUACUGUCAAAUUUGAAUGAUUUAAUAGGUGUCAUUAGUGAAAAUGAAAAGAAUCUUAUCACAAAUGAAUUAAACAGGUUUGAUACUUCAAAUUUAGUAACAAGCAUCAAAAAUAAUUUGGAUUUUGAGACUAAUUCUAUAGAAAAUUUCCAAAAUAUAAUCAAAAACUAUUCGAUUCAAUUACAUGAAAAGAUCAAUGAUCUUAAGAAAUUUGAAGAUAAGCAAUUAAAUAAAGUCUAUGAUGAUGUGAUAGUCCACGAAACUGUCGCUAUGAAACAAAUCUACGAUAUGGUUUGCAAAGAUUAUGCACUAGAUGAUUCAAUUAAAUUAUGUGUUAAUCUAUUGAAUAAGGGCAUCUUAACACUAGAUCUGUUUGUCAAGACAGUCAGAAAUUUGUCCAGAGAACAAUUUCUCGUUAGAUUCCACAUCCGCAAAUUAUAUAACAUAUUGGAAGAAUGA